CUCAACACCCGCCAAACCACCACCGGUCGUUGUGGUGCCAACUACGGCCGCUGCCCCGACAACCUCUGCUGUUCCGACUACAGCUACUGCGGCGACUCCGUAGACCAUUGCUACCCGGGCUUUGAUUGCCAGCCUGCGUAUGGAGUCUGUGGAUGGCCUCGGCCUGUGGCUACCACUACUUCGACCACCAUAAGGCCGACCAGCAGCACUUCAACCACCAGCUCGACACGCAGCAGUAGCACCACGAGCACCACCAGUACCACCAGUAGCUCAACGAGAAGCAGCACCAGCACCAGCACCAGCAGUUCCGUCCCCAUCCCCACUGACCCCACAGGAAUCAUCACCACCAACGGCCAAUGCGGCAACUCCACCAUCUGCCCCGGCAUUGCCGACGCCGGCUGGGGCCCCUGCUGCUCUCAAUUCUUCUGGUGCGGUUCCGGACCCGAGUACUGCGGUGCAGGGUGCCAAUCUGCUUUUGGUCUUUGCGAUGUUGAUUCUGGACCUCCCGGAACCACCACCACUCCUCCUACUAGUACUUCCACUUCUUCCACCACCAGCACCACCACAACUUCCCGGAUCACUACCACCUCUACCACUUCCACUUCCAGGACUACAAGCACAAGCACAAGGACAGGCACCACCACCAGCACGAGCGCCGGACCGACCAUCACGCUACCGCCCGGUCAAGUGUCAAGUAGAGACGGGAGGUGCGGGAACGGACAGAAUUGUUUGGGAAGUACGUAUGGUCGGUGUUGCAGCCAGUUUGGAUGGUGUGGAGAGGGGGAUCAGUUCUGUCCGUAUAUCGUGGGUUGUCAGACGGAGUUUGGGUAUUGUGAUCCGCCGACUUUCUGAUUUUGUUCGUCUGUUUUGUGGUUGUUGGCUGGGGCAAAUGGAGUGAAAGGGAGGUGGUGUGGUAGGUUAAGGUAAGACUGGUGAAGACGAUGAUGGGUGUUUGUGAUUCGGGCCCUUGGUUGAUAUAAGGAUAAGACCCGCUGGGUACCUAGGUAUUUCGUGGAA